GAACACCUUACUCUACAUGUUCUUCACCAAUGUGGCCCUUGUGAUCGCGUUGCCUCAACAGGACGUGUCCAAUUUGCAUACGUUGGCACGUGACCUUGAAGCACGCGGUGAGGCAAGAGCAGCACCAGUCCGUGGCAAAGGCCUCUUGCAGACAACUCGCGGGGAGCGAAACCACUCGCAUCCCUUCAGCGAGGCAACCCUUCUCGUGGAAGAAGUGGUGAGCAUGGCCACUGGCACUGCAAGCUUUCCAGUUUGGCUGAUGGUGUUUGGCCUUGGGUUUGCCGCCGCCUCUUUCGCGCUCUACACCUGGCUUUCUUCGAGCUCCAAGGGCACUGCCGAGCAGCUGGUGGUUGAUAGGAAGAGCGAGGAGGCACCGAUGCCCGAGGUGUUCGGCGAAGCUCUUCAGCAUGGAGAAGCGGCCAUGCAAGAUUUCGAGUCUUUGGCGAAGACGCUGGCGCAAUCUGUGGCGCAAAGGAUUGGCCCAAAGCUCGCGAAGGGACAGGCAGUGCGCGGCAUCCUGGAGUCGCGCCUGUACCAGUUCCCAGACAAGGCAAAAACUUUUGUCUUGAAUGAGCUCAACAGCACAGCCGGAGCCGUCAUGCAGGCCAUUGAAGCUGAAGAAGCCAUGAUCUUGUUGGAUUUG